CUUUAAAGUUUGGAGCAAAGUAAAAAAAAAUGUGAAAAACCCCACACUGCUCUUAUUAAGCAGAGAUGAAGCUCCUCCUCAGUUCAGUGUCUCUACUUAUUUUUUUUUUAUCCAUGAUGUAAUCUGUCAUACGGUAGGAGCUGUACUUUAUCUCCACGGUUGUCUUGACUCGUGUCUUGAGUAAGUGUGAUGACACAACUGUUAAACUGAUUUUAUAGUGAAGAAGCUUUUUAUAAAAGGUGGAUAAGACGUUGGACUUCUGAUCGUUAGGUCAUGGGUUCAAAUCCCAACAACACCAAGCCGACACUGCUGUGCCCUUAAACAAGGCCCUUAACCAUCAAAUGCUCAGCUAUAUAACUGAGAAAAUUAACUCCCUCUGGUUCUCUGUUUUUCUCCGACCACCCACAUGCCUACUGGUUGGUGAAUUGUUUAUUCUAUCUUCAGCCACGAAAUUAUUCAAAACGCCAAAAUUUUCAACUCAAGGAAGCUUCUUUGUUGCAACUCUGUCAUAUUACAGUGGCUGUGGCCUUGUCUUUGUAAAAAAUGGUCAGGUAAAACAAAAGUGUAAAACAUAAUUUAACAGUCCAUUUCCUGGUGCUGUAAUACAUUCUGGGAGUUGCUGUUUCAAGAUAAUAAAACUAAUGAGUUCUAAUGUGAGAAAGAAGUUGGUCCAACAAUAUAUGCUGUUUCAAGUCCACUGGCCUUCAUCAAGCGCAAAAAGGGUCCUCACAGGAAAGCAGGGGUUUACUGGAGGGUUGGUGAUCAGAGAAUGGAAAGCAAAGAUGGAAGUAUCUAUAAGAGUAUCUGGAAGGGUGAAGACUGCCAGUCAGAUUCUGAAAAAGAAAGAAAAAAAGAAAUAUACAGAAACGCUAAACUGGUAACAAGAAGCAUCUGUGAAAUAGAAACCAUCAUAGACUGUGUUAAUGACUGAUUAACCGUAUUUCCUGAGCCUUAGCAUUAGCUGCCAUAAUAGACUUAAAUAAGUGAAUAUGGUUUUAUUUAAAUCAAUAUACUACUAGACUAUUAUGUGUUCUUUAACUAGUGUUAUUAGUAAUAUGAGCAUGUUUGAGUAAUAGAAAAUUCUAAAGCAAGAAAAAGUCGUUACUGCCAUUUAUAUAGACAGUACAUAAUUUUUUUCACAUUUUCUUAGGCAUAUAAGCAUAAUAAAUGAGAAUGGAUUUGAGAUUUUUGCAAUAUCUAAGAGAGUCUCUAACCAAAGCAGUGUUAAAAUGGAGCAAAGGAACAUUUUUACAGGACUUGUGUACUAGCCUUGAUUGGACAAACCUCAACAUAAUAUGGUUACCUGCAAUAUAACUGUAAAAUCCUCAUAAACUAAGGAGAGCUGGGCUUAAUUAUGGGCCUGUAAUACUAAUAAACGUCAUUUAUGUACAUAAGCACUGUUGCAACCUUUCUGUACCUGUAAGAAGCAGCUGCCUUACAGAGCUGCAUCUGAGCUUUUUGACUUUCUUUUAUUAACACCAUAUUUCUAAGUUAAAACCAAUGCAGACCCACUGCUAGGGGACAGAACUGAGGGCAGUGCAGGAAAUAUCAUUUUCUUUUGAUUUGAAUUGAUCUAUAACUGUGUGAUGAUUGUGUGUAUACCUCAGUCCACCAGCGACAGCAGUCCCUGUUGUUGCAGGUGGCCUUGGGUUAAUAUAGAUUUUGCCCGCAUUGUGCUACUGGGAUUACUCCUAGUGCUGUACAUGUUCUUUGGGGCUGCAGUCUUCUCGGCCUUGGAGAGACCAUUGGAGCUUGAAGCUUACAAGAUAUGGGAUGAGAAAUUAGCUGAAUUUGCACAGGAGCACAGCGUGAGUCCAGAAGACCUACAUGAUCUGCUGAAGGACUAUGAGGAGGCCAAUAAUGCUGGGGUUUGGAUGCAAGGUCAAAGAAUGUUUUGGGACUUUCGUGGAGCUUUGUGCUUUGUGGCAACAGUUAUUUCCACUAUCGGAUAUGGACUGGCAGCACCAACCACCACAAAUGGAAGGAUUUUCCUCAUUUUCUUCGGGCUGAUAGGAUGUUCAGCAGCCAUUCUCUUGUUUAACCUUUUUAUUGAACGUGUCAUCACUCUUAUAACAUAUGUGUUAAGUAGAUGCCAUGAGCAAAAAAUGUCAAACAAGAGUCAAGGAGCUGCUGCUUCUAAUCUCACCACACAACCAGGUGGCACAACAAGUGGGCAAGAGGAUUGGAAGCCUUCUGUUUAUCACGUAACACUAAUUAUGCUAGCAGUUUGUUUUCUGGUAGCAUGUACAGCAUCAGGACUCUAUUCUGCUGUGGAAGAUUGGAGCUACCUGGAGUCGAUGUACUUCUGCUUUGUGACCUUCAGCACUAUGGGUUUCGGGGACAUGGUAAGCGGACAGGAAAUGCCCGAAGAAGCAAGCUGUUUUUACCAGGUUGUCAACGUCCUUGCAAUUUUUCUUGGUGUUGGCUGUGCCUAUACUCUCUUUGAUCUCAUUGCUAUCAUGAUCAAAGCAAUGUUGAAUUGGAUCUUGGGCAAGGUGCUAUGUUUGUGUUGCUGUUCAAAGACCAGUUUGAAGAAAACCCAGCCUGUUCAGAUCUGCUGCUCUUGGUUCAUAUGUUCUAAAGUUGAAGAAUCUUGUCCUCAGCUUUCAAACACUGCCAGCUGUUUCAGCCAAUGCUGGAGCAGCCAUAUGGUAAAGAUCAGUACAGAAAAAUGCAGAUGUUCUGGUUCUGCUUUACAGACUGUGUGCCGAAGUGAAAUGCACAUCACAGAAAACAAUUGUAUCUGUAAACACAAGGUGUCAAAGGAUAAUGUGGUAGAAAAUAAACUUCAUGUGACCAGUGGCUGUCCAUUUUGUCAAAACAAUAGUCUACCUGAGGUGAUGGGUGGCAUAGCCAUGUUAAAUAACUAUUUGCAAGAGACAAGCUACAUCUCUAUUUAGAGGACAUUCAACUGUGAGAACAAGCACUGAACAGUUCUAUGAAGCAUAUGGCAAAAUGAUCAGAGCUCAAAGUUUCGACUUAAGAGAACUAUUAUAGUUCAUACUUUUUCCAGUCUCUUGUAGAAUGUAUAUCUUGGACAGAUCAAUUGGCUCAACUGCCCCUUUUCUAGACAGCAGUGAAGCUAGAAAGUCAGUAAUAAAUGUAAAGUAUUUGGUCAUAAAUCUUUCUUCUGCCAUAAUGCCCAAUAUGCUAAAUAAAACAUAUAUAAAAUAACACAAUAAGGAUUAGAAAUCCAUUUUCUAGAAUAAAAUGCCAAUUUUAUUUUUCACAAUCUAAUCCAUAAAAUGUGUCCAUAUAACAUUUUAUAAUUGUUGAAUGUCAAAAUGUAUUUAUAUGUUUAUUCUUCUUCUUUUGGCUUCUACUGUUUAUUAUGUUUUUAUAAAUAAUUGUUAGUGGUAUGGUCUUUGAUGUCACUGCAGUUCAUUGCUUUUAUCAGUGCAAUGAGCUUUUGUAAGCUCUGCAAACCUGACCAGAAUGAAGUAAUGAAUGAGUGAAUGAAUUAAUGAAUUAAUAA